GCCUCUGAGUCUUUGACCAAAUCUAGUAAUCUACUGCAACUUCAGAUUUCUUGAAGCAAAAGAUACUCAAACCUCUACAAAUCUCUCUCCCUCUCCCUCUCGCUCUCUCUCUCUCUCUCGAUCAGCCAUGGGUCAAGGAACACCAGGAGGCAUGGGCCGCCAAUCCGGCGACCGGAAGCCCGACGGCGACAAGAAGGACAAGAAAUUCGAACCAGCCGCUCCCCCUUCACGAGUAGGCCGCAAACAACGCAAACAAAAAGGAUCCGAAGCCGCCGCUCGGAUCCCCACCGUCACGCCGCUAACAAAAUGCAAACUCAGAUUACUAAAACUCGAUCGAAUCAAAGAUUAUUUGCUAAUGGAAGAAGAAUUUGUCGCAAAUCAAGAACGGCUUAAGCCGCAAGAGGAGAAGACGGAGGAGGAUAGAUCUAAGGUCGAUGAUUUACGGGGCUCUCCGAUGAGUGUGGGCAAUUUGGAGGAGCUGAUUGAUGAGAAUCACGCGAUUGUUUCGAGUUCUGUUGGACCGGAGUAUUAUGUGGGGAUUUUGUCAUUUGUUGAUAAGGAUCAGUUGGAGCCUGGUUGUGCUAUCUUGAUGCAUAAUAAGGUUCUUUCUGUGGUUGGUCUGCUUCAAGAUGAUGUUGACCCAAUGGUGUCUGUAAUGAAGGUUGAGAAAGCUCCUUUAGAAUCAUAUGCUGAUAUAGGUGGUCUAGAUGCUCAAAUCCAGGAAAUCAAAGAAGCAGUUGAGCUACCACUGACACAUCCUGAAUUGUAUGAAGACAUUGGGAUCAAGCCUCCUAAAGGAGUCAUACUGUAUGGAGAACCUGGAACAGGGAAGACGUUGCUUGCCAAGGCAGUUGCAAAUUCUACAUCAGCAACUUUCUUGCGUGUUGUUGGCAGUGAAUUGAUCCAAAAAUACCUUGGAGAUGGUCCAAAAUUGGUGAGAGAACUCUUCCGGGUUGCUGAUGACCUCUCACCUUCUAUAGUCUUCAUUGAUGAAAUUGAUGCUGUUGGAACCAAAAGAUAUGAUGCGCACUCAGGUGGUGAACGUGAAAUUCAAAGGACCAUGUUGGAGCUCUUAAAUCAGUUAGAUGGUUUUGACUCUAGAGGGGAUGUCAAGGUCAUUCUCGCUACAAACAAAAUUGAAAGUCUAGAUCCUGCUUUGCUCCGGCCUGGCCGUAUAGAUAGGAAGAUUGAAUUUCCUCUCCCUGAUAUUAAAACAAAGAGGCGCAUUUUUCAGAUUCACACAUCUAGGAUGACGUUAUCAGAUGAUGUCAACUUGGAAGAAUUUGUUAUGACCAAAGAUGAGUUAUCUGGUGCUGAUAUCAAGGCAAUAUGUACUGAAGCUGGUUUGCUUGCACUAAGAGAGCGCCGUAUGAAGGUGACCCAUCCAGACUUUAAGAAAGCAAAAGAUAAGGUCAUGUUUAAGAAGAAAGAGGGGGUUCCAGAAGGACUUUAUAUGUAAAAUAACGGUUUCAUAUGCUUCGGCUUGCUUUCUGUAAUUUUAGAUUCAAGCAUUUUGGCUUGAAUGUAAUUGUGUAUGACCACCCUUGUUAAGGAAAAGUUCUAUUUGCUUUGAUUUUUA